UUCCCCGCCGGCCGCGCUCCGGAGCCGCCGGGCCGCGGCGGAGCGAGGGGCCGGGCGAGGCGAGGGCCGGGCGGCGGGCGCCGGGCCCCGCGGCCGGCACGACGGAGCCCCCGCACGGCCGGCGGCAGCGGUUGGCGGCGGCCCCGGGGCCCCGGCGCGGGAAGCGGCGGCGGCGGGGCGGCGGCGGCGGCGGCGCCAUGGAGCCGCGGGAGGUGAAGGACCGGAUUCUGGAGAACAUCUCGCUGUCGGUGAAGAAGUUGCAGAGCUACUUUGCCGCCUGUGAAGAUGAGACCCCUGCCAUCCGCAACCACGACAAAGUCCUGCAGCGUCUGUGUGAGCACUUGGACCACGCUCUGCUCUACGGGCUGCAGGACCUCUCAUCUGGCUACUGGGUGCUCGUGGUUCAUUUCACCAGGAGAGAGGCCGUCAAGCACAUCGAGGUGCUACAGCACGUGGCCACCAACCUGGGGCGCAGCCGGGCCUGGCUGUACCUGGCCCUCAACGAAAACUCCCUGGAGAGCUACCUGCGGCUGUUCCAGGAGAACCUGGGUCUCCUGCACAAGUACUAUGUCAAGAAUGCCCUGGUCUGUAGCCAUGACCACCUGACCCUCUUCCUGACCUUGGUAUCCGGGCUGGAGUUCAUUCGAUUUGACCUGGACCUGGAUGCACCCUAUUUAGACCUGGCACCCUACAUGCCCGACUACUACAAGCCCCAGUACCUGCUGGACUUUGAAGACCGCCUCCCCAGCUCGGUCCACGGCUCAGACAGCCUCUCCCUCAACUCCUUCAACUCCGUCACCUCCACCACCCUGGAGUGGGAUGACAGCGCCAUCGCCCCAUCUAGUGAGGAUUAUGAUUUUGGAGAUGUGUUUCCAGCAGUGCCGUCUGUACCCAGCACAGACUGGGAAGACGGAGACCUCACAGACACUGUCAGCGGCCCCCGCUCCACCACCUCAGACCCAACCAGCAGCAAGGCUUCCACCAAGAGUCCCACCCAGCGCCACAACCCCUUCAAUGAGGACCAGGCCGAGACUGUCUCCUCCUCCGACACCACCCCUGUGCACACGAGCUCUCAGGAGAAGGGGGAGUCCCACACCCCGGACCUACCGGACACCUGCACAGAGCUCGAGGUCAUCAGGGUCACCAAGAAGAAGAAAACAGGCAAGAAGAAGAAGCCCAGAUCAGAUGAGGAAGCAAGUCCACUCCACCCAGCCUCCACCCAGCACACGUGUGCCCAUCAGGGCAAUGGCGACACCGUGGUCAGCAGCCCAGGCCCUGGGCGGGGCUCCCUAGACACCACCCUGGCCUCCCCGCCGCAGGAGGGAGAGGGGCCUGGCAGCACAGUGGAGGGCAGUGAGCGCUCAGAGCCCGGCCAGGUGGGCCUGCUUAUCCCCGAGAUGAAGGACACCUCCAUGGAGCGCGUGGGGCAGCCCCUGAGUAAGGUCAUCGACCAGCUCAAUGGGCAGCUGGACCCGGCCACCUGGCACUCCCACGUCGAGCUCCCAGACCAGUCCUUUCGGACCGGCUCUCCCGGGGAUGCCCCGGAGAGGCCGCCAUUUUGCGACUUUAGUGAGGGGCUUCCAGCCCCAAUGGACUUCUACCGCUUUACCGUCGAGAGUCCAAGUACUGUUACAUCAGGUGGCGGCCACCAUGACCCUGCAGGGCCUGGCCAACCGCUGCAUGUUCCUGGUGGCCCUGCGGCUGCUGACCAAGAAGAGGCGCGGGGAGGAGGAGGACCAGGACAGACACCUCGGCCCUUAGAGGACACCCCGGGGGAGACACAGAAGCCAGAGGCCCAGGAACUUGACACUCGGCUGCCCCAGGUCGGUGAGGGGCUGGAGCCAGAGCCUGGGACCCAAGAGGCUCUUUGCAGACUCAAGGGAGACCAGCCCAGCCCCUGUCUGAGCAGCGCCGAGGACUCCGGGGUGGAGGAGGGCCAGGGGAGCCCUUCUGAGAUGACCCACUCAGCAGAGUUCAGAGUAGACAACAAUCACCUGCUCCUGCUGAUGAUCCAUGUGUUUCGAGAAAACGAAGAGCAGCUCUUCAGAAUGAUCCGGAUGAGCACCGGGCACAUGGAGGGCAACCUGCAGCUGCUGUAUGUGCUGCUCACAGACUGCUAUGUCUACCUGCUCCGAAAAGGGGCCACAGAGAAGCCAUACUUGGUGGAAGAGGCUGUUUCUUACAAUGAGCUCGACUAUGUGUCGGUGGGCCUCGACCAACAGACGGUGAAGCUGGUGUGCACCAACCGCAGGAAGCAGUUUCUCCUGGACACAGCGGACGUGGCCCUGGCCGAGUUCUUCUUGGCUUCUUUGAAGUCAGCCAUGAUCAAGGGCUGUCGGGAACCCCCCUACCCCAGCAUCCUGACUGACGCCACCAUGGAGAAGCUGGCUCUGGCCAAAUUUGUGGCCCAGGAAUCUAAGUGUGAAGCGACCGCUGUUACUGUGCGUUUCUAUGGGCUUGUGCACUGGGAGGACCCCCAGGACGAGUUCCUGGGCCCCAUCCCCUGCCACUGCUCACCCCCCGAGGGCAGCAUCACCAAAGAAGGCAUGCUGCAUUACAAGGCGGGCACCUCCUACCUGGGCAAGGAGCACUGGAAGACCUGCUUCGUGGUGCUCAGCAACGGGAUCCUCUACCAAUAUCCUGACCGCACUGACGUGACGCCCCUGCUCUCAGUGAACAUGGGGGGGGAGCAGUGCGGUGGCUGUCGGAGAUCCAACACCACGGACCGGCCCCACGCCUUCCAGGUCGUCCUUGCCGACCGGCCCUGCCUGGAGCUGAGCGCUGACAGCGAGGCUGAGAUGGCCGACUGGAUGCAGCACCUGUGCCAGGCCGUGUCCAAGGGGGUCAUCCCCCAGGGGUUAGCUCCCAGCCCUUGCAUCCCUUGCUGCCUGGUAAUCACCGAUGACCGCCUCUUCACGUGCCACGAGGAUUGCCAGACCAGCUUCUUCCGCUCCCUGGGUACUGCCAAGCUGGCCGACAUCAGUUCUGUGUCCACUGAACCGGGCAAGGAGUAUUGCCUCUUGGAGUUCUCCCAGGACAGCGCACAGCCCCUCCCACCCUGGGUUGUCUACCUGAGCUGCACACCUGAACUGGACCGAUUCCUAUCUGCACUGAACUCGGGGUGGAAAACCAUCUACCAGGUGGACCUCCCCCACAAGGCCUUCCAGGAAGCCUCCAAGAAGAAGUUCGAGGAUGCCCUGAGCCUCAUCCACAGUGCCUGGCAGCGGAGUGACAGCCUGUGCCGGGGCAGAGCCUCCCGGGACCCCUGGUGCUGAGGCUGAGCUGGCUGGUGUCCCAGGCAGGGCAGGAGAGUGGGGCACGUGGGCAGCACACAGUCAUCGCCGUGUUAGUGAGCUGCAUGGGGCCAGGCCCCCACCCGUGUUCCCGGGCAGCCGAACCACCGAGUGGGGCUUGAGACCCAGUCUCCCUCCCAGGGACCCAGAGUGGGUGCACCACACCAUGGGCUUCCUGCCUGGCAAGGAGCAACUGGGAAGUGCUGGGGCAGAGGGUCCGAGCCCUAUGGGCUCUGCAGACGCAUGGCCUCCUCCCCGGGGCCGCUGCCUCAAUCCACGAGGGGCAGUGGAAGGACUGGGAGGGCAGGAGCCUCUUCCUCCCCUGGGUCAGGGGCCCGGGCAGAGGCUUAGGCCGCCCUGGGGGCUCUGAGUGCCCGGCCAUCCCUGUUCAUGUUUGAACAUUGACCCGGCUGGGAGGGAAGCCGGAACACUGAGGUCUAUGCAUGUCUCCUCCUCACUAACUCCAUUCCCAAGCACACUGCUACCUGCCUUCCAGACUCCGGGGGUGAUGGGGGUGCAGGGGGCCAGGCUGGCCCUCCCUGGCUUCCAGGAGGCUCUGCAUGUCCAUGGCCCCCGCCCUGACUCCUUCCAACUUGGCAGUGCCUGUGGGAUCUGAGAAUCAGGCUGUGUCCUUCUGCCGGGAGCACGGCGGGAUGGGGAGGAGGGCUUGGAGAGGAGCAAAGCCCACCAGCCUGUGACAGCUGCUUGGCUGGAGCCAGGUCCUUCCCAAGAGGGGCCCUCUGGGGAAGAGGGUCAGGUGGCCUGGGUUUUGUUUUUUAAAAUAAAAUAGACAUGUUAUAUUGCCAA